UUAAUCCAUCAGAACGUACUCCCGCUUUGAGAGUACUCUUGAAUGGUUGAAACAUCUCGUCCUUUCGUCCCUCUCCGCCGUCUAAACCUUCCUUCUUGGAAAAGCAAAAACAUAGAAAAUGUUGAAGAGGAGUGUGUCGGAUAAAUUAAUGGUGCUGAAGAAGCACAAGAAGAAUACCACCGAUACUCAAAGCGUGAAGAAUGUUAAGAAGAAUAGGUUCUUGAUUACAAUCAACGUUAAUGGAAGCGCGGGACCAGUAAGGUUCAUGGUGAACGAGGAUGAUGUUGUUGCUGGGGUCAUUGACACUAUUCUCAAAGCAUACGCACGCGUAGGCCGGCUUCCAGUCCUCGGCUCCGAUGUCAACAAUUUUCUUCUCUAUCAGGCAAAUGCCGUGUUCGAAGCUUUGGAUCCAUGGGCAAGGAUAGGAUCAAAUGGGGCAAGGAACUUUGUGCUCCACAAGAAGAGCCUGCCGCAGAUUACAAAAGGGAUGUCAGAGAUGAUACCUCAAAAGCGAGGUGGUAGCUCCAAGAAUUGGAUUAACAGGUCCCUAAGUUUAAUGAUAUUAUUCCAUUAAGGCAUUAAGAUGUCUGCAGCCUCAUUGUGACUUUCUUAUUAGUCAUCAAGAGCUAGCUAGGUACAUCGUGUGUCGUGUGUCGGGCAUGUCAACAUUUACAUACAUUUGCGUGUUUCUCACACUUUACUGUCGAUCACUGUAAUUGUAAUCAUAAUAUGUAAUGCUUUAAGUGCUUUUGGUAAAAAGGGUGAGGAUCAUACCCUGGGGAAGGAAUUGAAGGUGAAUGAAAAAGAAGUUUCUUUAAUUUGCUUUUCCCCAGAGAAUAAAGGACAUGACUUCAUCACGUACAGUAGAUCGAGGCUCAGGUUCAAAGGGGUUUGAGUUGUAGAAGGCCCACCUUCUUUAGAACUGAUAGAAAUUAUGUGAAGGUUUUACUGUUGAUGUAAUGAUUCAGCAAGAGACUGGUUCUGUAGUGAA